AUGGAUAAAGAUAAUUCCAGACAACUUUUUACUUGGCAUGCUUUCUCUCAACCUCAUCCUGCCAGUGGAUAUGAAGAUCUUGUUGACGACUUCUUAGGUGUGUGUGGAGGCUUACCCCUCUCUCUUCAAGUUCUGGGAAGGCAUGUCCAUGGUCGAGAUGAAAACUAUUGGAGGUUAGAGCUUGAAAAACUUGGUGGGACAAUGCAUGGAGAUAUAAAAAAAAGCCUUAAAAUAAGCUUUGAACACAGAGGAAAAUCAAAUUUUCAUGGACAUGGCAUGCUUAUUAUUGACCAACGAAAGUAUAUAGCCAUAAGAGUGUGGAAGGCAUCGGGAUGGAGUGCUGAAAAUGGAUUGCAAGUACUAAAGGACAAGUGUCUUGUUGAAGAAAUAGAAGAUCACAUACCUCUAUUGAGAAUGCAUGACCACUUGCGGGACUUAGGGAGACAAAUGGCAAAUGAGCUCAGCGAGCCUCGUCGCUUGUGGCGUCCUCGGGAUCUUAAAAAAUUGGAAUCAAUGAAGUUUGAAAACAUUGUUGCUCAAACCAAAGGAAGGUGUUUCCAUUCAUAUUUUGAUAAGUCACUCAAUUCUCAAGUUAAAUUCUUUCUAGGGGAAUCCGCUGAUAGUGUAGAAAUGUCAUCAUGUUUGUUAUUGCUUCAUAUUUGGUAUACAUAUCUAUAUUCCGGACCAAAUUCUUCCAAUUUAAAUCAUCUAAGGCAUCUGCAAGACGGAAAUUUGAGCGUACAGCCAGGAAUUCCUUCAUGGAUUCCGCUUCAAAACAUGCAGUGCCUGAGAAUCAGCAAUGGAUAUUUCAAAAGAUUGUGGCAGCAUGAUGCAGAGGCUCCUUCCGAAUUGAAGAAACUGGAGAUUUAUGGAACUUUCAGGAUCCCUCCCUACAUUGUGAAGACAUGUAGAAGACUUUCAGGAUCCCUCCCUACGACUUCUGUGAAAGAGACUUCGUCUUUUACGGUUCCAUUUAACGGUGGCACAAAGUCUGUCACGGUUAAGGCCUCAUUGAGUUUGCUUGAAGAUUUAGUAAUUAGAGAACAAGAAAACAUAAGAAGAUUUGUAAUUGACGGAAAUUAUUGUCCUAGCCUUCAAUCCCUGGAAAUUUCUUCCCUGAGGAAUCUUAUUGAAUUACAAUUUAGAAGAGUUGAAAAAUUGAAAUGUCUUAAUGUUAGCAAGUGUGAAUUUCUCAGAAUUUUGUCAGUGACAUCUGAUUUUACAGAGCUUGAAGAAUUGAACAUUGCUGAAUGUUCUAUGCUUGAGGAGCCAAAUCUUGGUCAUCUGAGCUGCAUGAAAACGAUCAGAAUUGAAAAUUGCAAUAUGAUUAGUGUGCCAGGAAUGUUUAAUUUUAAGAUGCUAGUUGAAUUGAAUAUUAGUAGAUGUCCAAAGCUUCAUGAGCUAUGUCUUGCACAUCUGCAUUGCCUGGAAAAUCUUAUUGUUAAGGACUGUGAUAAUUUGAAAAGUGUGACGGGACUAUCUUAUCUUCUAAAGCUUGUAGAAGUUAGUAUUUCUUGGUGUGGAAUGCUGCAGCUUGAUUUGUGUCUAGCGGGUUUUAACAGUCUCAAGAGGAUAAAAGCUGAUAGGUCUGUGAAGCUGAAAUGUUUUGAUCUGAAGGAUUGUAAAAAUCUGGAAACAGUAUCAGGAAUAUCAUUCGAAAUGAUUCGAGUGGUGAACAAUUGUGGCUGUCCAGAGCUUAAGAGUUUUCCAGUUAUUCGUGGUCGAAGGUGCUUAGAGAUGAUUAUAAUUGAUGGAUGUGGGAAGCUCAAUUACCUCACUUUGACUGAUUGUGGUAUUCUGAAAGGAGUUUCUGGUAACUUUGAUCUUGAUGGAUUAUCCAUAUCGGAUUGUUUGAUGCUUAAAGAGCUGCCAUCUUUUGGGCAGCUAAUUGACCUUGAGGAAAUUCGCAUUCUCCAGUGCGGGAGCCUGCAAAACAUGACUUUACCAAUUACUCUGAAGCGCCUUGAGUUAAAUUCUUGCCGAGAACUUAAAACAAUGGUAGGAAUUUGUGGUCUAAGAACACUUGCAGAGAUAAAUAUAAAAGGGUGCCCCAAACUUCGGCUUGAAUUGAACCUUUGUAGCUUGAACUCCCUGAAGAGGAUUACCAUUGUUGAAUGUUUGAGUGUGUACAACAUAACAUUGCCAACUACACUCAUCGAAAUCACACUGCAGCGGUGCAUGAAACUACAAUUUAAAGCAGGAAUAAGCCAUCUGACAAAGCUUAGAGAGCUGCAUGUUAGCGAGUGUCCAGUGAUUGAGGAGAUGCCAGUUGUGUGUGGUCUAAGUUGCCUGGAAAGGAUUACAAUUGAUGGAUGGGGCAAGUUCAGUUUUCUUCACGUGACUGAUUGUGUGAUUUUGAAAUCAAUCAGGGGUAACCUUGAUAUGGGCCAUCUGGCACAGUUGUGGAUAUCGGAUUGUCCGGAGCUUGAAGAGCUGCCUUGUUUUGCACGUUUAACUUGCUUGGUGGAGAUUCGCAUAUUCAGAUGUAGGAAGCUACAGCAAGUUACUUUGCCAAGAACACUGAAGAAUCUUCAGUUAGUUGCUUGUAAAGAACUGAAAAGUGUUUCAGAAAUAUCCCAUCUCAAGAAUCUGGUAGAACUGAUUAUUUCUCAAUGUGGGCAGCUCGAGCUUGAGUUGCGUCUUGAGGCUAUCGACUCUCUCCAUACAAUAACAUUUGAUGGUUGUGGGAAGAUCAUGUCUUUUCAGUUGAACAAAUGUCAAAAUAUCAAGAGAGUGUCGAGUAACUUUGAAGUGGAACGGAUUUCGAUUUGUGGUUGUCACGAGCUUGAGGAGUUGUCCAUACGUAAUUGUCGGGAACUGAACUGGGUGAAGGAGAUUAAUAUUGAGUCAUGUGAUAAGCUGCAAAACAUAACACUGCCAGCAAGGCUCACCAAUCUAAUUGUGCAACGUUGCAGACAUUUGCAAAGGAUUGCAGGAAUGGAUGAUCUUUCAAAGCUGACAGAGCUGGAAAUCACUGAGUGUCCGGAGAUUGAGUUGCCAUUUCUUGCCGAAUUGAGCCGCCUGGAGAGAAUCACCAUUAACUAUUCCGAGAAGUUGCAUUAG